AUGUCAGCAGAAUCGAGCUCGAACAAGAAGAUGAAGCGGCGAACCGGCAACGAGGAAGAUGCGCCUGCCGAAGCACAGCCCCGGACGGCUCCGAAGCGACAGCGAGUGUCGAGAGCAUGCGAUCAAUGCCGCGCCGCACGAGAAAAAUGUGAUGGAAUACAUCCACUAUGCUUCCCCUGCGCUUCGCAGAAUAGAAAGUGCACCUGGGAAGAACCAAAGAAAAAACGGGGCGUGCAGACAGGCUACAUCCGGACCCUAGAGCUGUCAUUGGGUUGGAUAUUUGAUAAAAUCCCUGGGUCGGAAGAAGCACUUCAUGGACUUUUGACGCACGAAGGAGGUCAGGGGAGGGACUUACUUGUCGGGAAGGAUACAAUUGCCGGGAAUCGGCUACACAGAAGAUGGAGAAAGAGUAUGGUUCAACAAGAGAUUGACCGGGUACUGUCUGGGAGCACCGCGUCGAGUGCCAAGUCGGCAAAGACCUCGCCAGCCGUCGACGAGUCCGAGAGCAGUGCAGACGAGGCAGAGCUGCCUCUCAAGGAAGAGACAUCGUCGGCCGCGAAUCCGGCGCCCAUCAUGGCCAUUCCCGAAUCGAUGGAGUCCAUGACUGCGGCCCUACAUCCUGACCGGCUUGUCUCGAACGGGCCGCCGGAGCUGCCAGCAGGCCUUGCCGAUCUCCCGAUUCGUCAACGCCAACUUGCACAGUAUGCUUCAAACACCUUCAAGCUGCCGUCAAAUUGCUGGCGACUAUUGGAUAUUUACUUUUCUUAUACUCACUGUUGGUUCCCUAUACUAGAAAAAGGCAUGAUACACAAAGCUUGUUGGUCAUAUCCCGGCGAAGGCUUGGACAUGACCAAAGAAGAACUGUUCCAAUCAGGCCUACACGCUGAACUUUGGGCCGCCUUGGCUAUUGCCGCAUACCAAGACGAUGCCAGCCAUUCUGGCCAAGCACAUGGUGACCGCCUCGAGGGGCGGCUACAGCCGGAUGAGAUAUAUAAUGCAGCAAGGCGUUUGAUUCCUUCGGAAGAUCGCGACUUUGACGCUCGUCAUGUCAAUGCGAUCCUUCUUCUUGCCCUCGUUGACAUUGGGCGAAGGAAAUACAUGGCUGCUUGGAUCUUAGUGGGCCUGGCAACACGAGUUGCACUCGCUCUUAAUCUGCCGGCGAGACCCGCUGGCGAUGGCUAUCGACGCCUUUACCAUACUUAUAUGGCUUGCUUCAUGCUCGACAGCCUCAUUGCGUCUCUUUUAGAAAAGCCGCCGCAUUUGCGGCCGAGUGAUAUCGAUUCUUCGGUACCUUCUGGUGAAGACGAGCCAGAUGAAUGGGACAUCUGGAUGCCUUGCCAGGGCUUCGGGACUACACAACAUUCAAGCUCUCCGAGAAGCCCUGCUCACUCCAUGAGCUCUUUUGCUGCCCUGUUUGGGGUACAUCGAGUAUAUUGCACAGUUUUAUCCGAUACGAAAAUUCAUGUGGACCGCAAUGAGUUAUACAUGACGGAAAUGCGCAAAGCUCUCAAUGGGAACCAAACCCGACGACCACUCGUCGACUACAUUACAAACGGCGGCAUCCCUCCUUACCAGGUCCCUUCCAUCUAUCUUCUCCGCUUGGCAUUCGUAUGUUUUACAGUCCAAGCUCAGUCUUAUAGCGAGCCGCUGAUGUCCGCUGCUCUUCAAUGUAUUGAAGAACUUCUUCUCCUCUUUGGUUCCGCAGUUCCGCCGCUAUUUGGGCUUUACAUGGAGCUUCUCGGUCGGCAGUGCAAUCCUGAAGCAUUAAGAGGUGACACUAGAGACAGGUGGAAAAAGGCACAAGCCUCAGUCGAUUCCAUCUGGGCAUCCAGUGGCAACGACAAUCAACCAUUUCCCAUGGUCCAAAGCCAUGAACAGCCGGCUCAUUUGUCACAUGGGCAAUCUGAUGUGAUAUAUCCAUGUCCUCCGAACACGAAUAUACCAGGUGUUGUUCAGCAAGUCCAUACGACAUCUCCUCGUCACACCGACCCACGGGUAGACCCCGCCUCUCUGAUUCGAUCCGAGGUUUAUCAUGAAGCGUCCUUGUCGGCCAUGGCAAAUUUUUCGACCAUGUCCCGACCUACGCAACCUCUUGAUCUUGUUGAUCACCCCAAUAGUACAACUACAGCCGUGGGCGGGCGAUUUGACUUGUCAGACAUACCUCCCCAGGGCUUUCAUGGUCAUGGCAGGCCCAGUUUCAGCAGCGCCGCUUUCGAUUACGAUACCAUACUCGACGACAUAGCGUCUCUAGAUCGAUCGGACCGCAUGCAAUCGGACCCUCAAUUCAUGGCGAAUCUGGGAUUCGCGCCGGGCAGUGAUCUCGCCGAACUCCUUGCUCAUGAUUUCACGAGUAUGCCAUGA